CCUCGGCCCAUUCGACCACUGCCGUACGUCCCAGGCGAUGUCUGAGUAGCCCAAUUUGCUUCCCUUUUCUCACUCUUUUAUCAGCUUUCAGCAUCUGAGUUCUUCUCGCUGAGGGGAUCAUUUUAAUCCCAGGAAGCCCAAAUUCUCCUCUCCCGGCAAUGCCGAGGGGUGCGCUGUCGUCUCUUUAAUGCGGGGAGAAGAAAAAGAGACUUAAAAAAAAAAGGGAAAAAAUUAAGAAUCCAUAGUCUCUUCACUGCAGUUCGAUCUCCUUCCCAGUUCUCCGAUCCUGGCCAUGGACGAGAACGCUUCCAAGACCGGCGAGUCACCAGAGCUCCCGAACGGAACCGAGGCGGAAGCCAAGGAGAGCAGGAUCGAGCCCGCGGCGGAGGCCACGGAGGGUGGAAUCGCGUCGGAAGGAGCGGCAAAAGAGCCGCCACCGGCCGGCAAAACCCAGCCGUUGAACGGCGAUGGGAGCCGGACGUUUACGAUGAGGGAGCUUCUGAACGAGCUGAAGGAGGAAAAGGGGGCCGAGGGGACGGAGAGAUCUGGAUCCAACGGCGGAGAUGCGAGGGGGGAGAGCACUGCAGCGAGCUCUUCGUACAGCCAAGAUGGUUUGCAGCAACAUUUUAUGUGCCAGAAUGAUGUUGCCAUGGACUUGGUCAACAAUGUUACUGGGGUGGAUGAGGAAGGUCGCUCUCGCCAGCGAAUCCUUACUUUUGCUGCUAAAAGGUAUGCUAGUGCCAUUGAAAGAAAUCCAGAAGACCAUGAUGCAUUCUACAAUUGGGCGCUAGUACUCCAGGAGAGUGCAGACAAUGUGGAUCCAGAUUCUAGCUCUCCUUCUAAAGAUGCUUUACUUGAGGAGGCUUGUAAAAAGUAUGAAGAAGCUACAAGACUGUGCCCUACACUUCAUGAUGCAUAUUACAACUGGGCUAUUGCUAUCUCUGAUCGGGCUAAAAUGCGUGGUCGCACCAAGGAAGCGGAAGAACUGUGGAAAAAGGCGACAAAAAACUAUGAGAAGGCUGUUCAGCUCAAUUGGAACAGUCCUCAGGCACUUAACAACUGGGGUCUUGCUUUACAGGAACUCAGUGCAAUUGUUCCUGUUCGAGAGAAGCAGAAUAUUGUUAGAACAGCUAUAAGUAAGUUUCGUGCUGCAAUCCAAUUACAGUUUGAUUUCCAUCGAGCAAUUUACAAUCUUGGGACAGUUCUGUAUGGGUUAGCAGAGGACACUUUGAGAUCUGGGAGACUGGUCAAUGCAAAAGAAGUCCCUCCUAACGAGCUUUACAGCCAGUCAGCUAUUUAUAUUGCAGCUGCACAUGCUCUGAAACCAACUUAUUCAGUUUACCGCAGUGCUUUGAGACUAGUUCGUUCUAUGCUACCUCUGCCCUACCUCAAAGUGGGAUAUUUGACUGCACCACCUGCAGAGGACCCAAUUGCACCUCAUAAAGAUUGGGAAAGAUCCCAAUUUGUUUUGAAUCAUGAAGGACUUCAGCAGGUCACUAAGGGUGACAAACAAUUGUCACAAAGCCCCUCUGGCAGGCUGAAAGGAUCCACACACAAUGAUAAAUCACUAGUUAAAGUUGAUAUACCAGAUAUUGUCUCUGUAUCAGCAUGUGCCGACCUAACCUUGCCACCAGGUGCAGGCCUUUGUAUAGAUACAAUUCAUGGACCCAUAUAUCUGGUUGCUGACACAUGGGAGUCUCUUGAUGGAUGGCUUGAUGCAAUCCAGCUUGUUUACACCAUUUUUGCCAGAGGAAAGAGUGAUGUUCUUGCAGGCAUCAUAACUGGUUGAUCCCCAUGUUGCGUCAAUUAGACCUGAGACUUAAGUUUUUGAUCAUACGUCUUGUAAAAUGGUUUUUCAAUUCAUAAGCCUCUGAGAUUUCUGAUGGUAAUUAUCGUAAAACAUGCUGACCAUUUUGUACACUUUGGUGAUGUAUUAUAGGUUGAGGAAACUGGGAAGGUGGGAUUCCACAGUGGUAAGAAUAUCCUCUAUAUUGUUGCUAUUGGACAUUUAUAUAGCAGCUGCACCAUUGAUUGAAACAAAGUUAAAUAAUGAUUUAUUUCACAAAAAA